GAGAACCUGUAUAAUCCCUGUUUCCUUACAGACGAAGUACAAGCUCGCACACGCACCCACCUAUGCAAUGUGCGUACAUGAAGACAAAUAGAUAUUCAUAUCCAUAUAUCUAUUAUAAGCCAUCGAUUUGUAACGGCCAGACCAAGCCAACACAACCCAUCCGGCCACAAACGUCCACCUCUAGAUUCGCGGACACUUCGUUAGUCCCAAACAGCUUUGCUGCUGUCAUAGACACCCGUAUUCCCACCAAAGUCAUCUGCCGACCGACUCUUCCCUUUCGUCGCUUGGAUCUUACUAAACAAAAACAUAACCUUUGAGUUCUCCUACUUUUCCGUAUUCGUUGUCUUCAAUUCCCUGUAUUCCGUUGUCUUCCAAUUGAGGCGAAAGGUAACAAUCUAAACCCCGAAGAUCCGAAAGAGAGAGAGAAGAAGAAAAGAAGAGCAAAACAGGGUAAAUAGAAAAGACAGAGGUGUCGGACGCGACAGAAAAAGAGAGAGAGAAAAGCAAGAGAAAACGUGUGUAAGUGUGUGAAAGGAAAAUAACUAAAGCUCUGUGGAAAGCGCACUUUUUGUGACUUAAUGAGAGAGAGAUAAAGAUACAAUCAGCCAGAAAGCGUCUCUCUUUUUUACUCUCUCAUUCACACAAAUAGAAAAAAAAGAAAAAAACUGAACGGGAGUAAAAACAAAACGGAAAGAGAGGAAGAGUUGGAAAGAGUAAAUGUUAUGUGUGGGGGAAUUAGAGACAUAUGGUAACUGACAGAUUGGAUUUAAGUGCAUCAGAGAGAGGGAGAUAGAUUGUGUAUGUGUGUGCAGAAGAGUGACAGAGAGAGAGAAAGAGUGACAGAGAGAGAGAGCCAGAGACGUUAAGCUAAGCUGACUGCAGAGCUAAGCGCGUCAAAGCGAUAAGACAGUGAAAGAGGAGGCUGAUGAGUGACAGGGGGAGAGAGAGAAAGUGUAGAAAAGCGAAAAGAGAUAUAUAAAUAUAUGUAUAGAUAUAUACACACGCAAACAUAUAGACUAAGUGACGGAGGAGUUAAAGCAGGUCGGGAAAAGAAAGCUAGAUGGAAAUUAAUAGACAGAGAGUGAGCGAAUAGAAAAGUGAAAAGAGUGAGAGAGAAGGCGAGAGAGAGAGAGAGAGAGAGAGAGGUGGUAAGUAAAAGUGACCGAAAGAGAGAAAGCGUACAAGAGUGACAGAUAGAGAGAGAGAGAGAGGGAGUGAUAGAGAGAGAAAGACAAAGGCUUAGUGGGAGAGUUGUAUACGUCAGAUAGAUUGAGAGUAGGAAGGAGCGUCGAAUAGGUCGGCCAACAUUGGACUAUGCUGCUAUCAAAUCGAGCCAGUUUACCGCUAUUGAAGCCGGUGAACCUGCAGUGUAUUGUAAAACACGUUUAAAAGCAUGUUGGAUGUACCAGAUUUACUCGAAUGUCAGCAGUUUUUACCGGCAUGGGACCAGCUAACAACUAUGGCCACAUUUUAUUCUUACUUCUAACAUGCAUAUUGAACGUAAAAAGCACAAAUCACGAAGGAGACGUGCUGGAUUUGAUCCCGUUGCUAAAAAGAACAUCAAGUCCUGGAAUUCAGUACAUUACAGGACCUAAUAACAUAACGCCAGCCAUUAGACUCACAGAUAGCCAGAGAGUGGUUAUUCUACCAGAUGCAGUGAGUGCUAAGGCCCAGAGAUUUCUCAGAGAGAACAUUGACAUUACAUUUCUUGCUACAUUAAAGCAAGAAAUUGGAGAUAGUGGAAGCAUUUUGUCACUCUCGACAGGCAUUAACAGGAUUCUCGAAAUUGAAAGUAGUGGCAGGAGGAACGAAGUGAGGUUUUAUUACACACAUGACCAAAAAAUACAAAUUGAAACAUUCCCUUAUAAACUUGCUGACAAUCAUUGGCACAAAUUAGCACUAAGCCUAAGUGCAACAGACCUCACCUUAUUUGUAGACUGUGAACAGAUCUAUAGACGAGUCAUACUGACGUUGGACACAAAUUUUAAAGCUGACAAAAUAUCACUGUUUUUAGGUCAACGUAACAGAGAAUAUGCACAUUUUCGGGGUGCUUUGCAAGAUGUUAAAAUUGUAACAAAGUCACAUGGAUAUCUCAUACAGUGUCCACAUCAAGACACAAGUUGCCCGACAUGUGCACAGCAUCAACAUCUGCAGAAAAUGUAUGAAAAAAUGCAGAGCGAUAUCCAAGAUUUGAAUAAAAAACUUCUGCAGGCAGAAGAAAGAUUGUUGAAAGUGGAACAGUCCCCUUGUCAUUAUUGCAUUUAUAAUGAUACAAUGAAAAAAGAGGGGGAGAGGUGGAGCCCUAACAAGUGUACAGUUUGUAUAUGCAAGAAUACGUCAGUUAUAUGUAAACACAGGGAUUGCUCAGUAGUGGAUUGCCGGAAUCCAGUUUAUCGAGAUUGCUGUAAACCAGCAUCUGAUAAUUGCUGUAUCAUGGAUAACAAUGAAUAUUAUAACCCUGGGGAAAAAUUCCAAAAAAGUAACUGUUUCUAUUGUGCCUGUGAUAAUGCAAGCAUAGUUUGUAACCAGACUUCAUGCCCUGAACUAAAUUGCUCAAAGGACAGUAGAAUAUAUAUUGAUGGAGAAUGCUGCCCAAUAUGCAAUGGAACCAAUUUUUGUGCAUUAGACCAUAAUUGUCAUGUCAAUGCAACUUGUGUGAAUCUCACAACAAGAUACAUCUGCCAGUGUAAGUCUGGAUUCCAUGGAAAUGGUACCCACUGCAAAGACAUUGAUGAAUGUGUGUCUGUUGGUGGGAAACAUGGCCACCACUGCAACGGAAAUACAGUCUGUGUAAACACCAUUGGAUCAUACCGGUGCCAAUGUGCGAACAAGAUGGGUGACUAUGGUGAGGAUGACAGCAGUGGCUCCUGUGAAGGAGUGACUGUGGAUUGCUCUCCAAAUAAAGAGGAUGAAAAACCCUGUCAUGUGAACGCAGUGUGCACUCAGAUUGGUCACACGUACCGGUGCAAGUGUAAGGAUGGUUAUCGAGGCAAUGGACGCUGGUGUCAACCUGUAUGUGAGUCGGAGUGUAAAAAUGGUGGUCGCUGCAUUGCUCCAAAUAAAUGUGAAUGCCGAUAUGGAUAUGUGGGUAAAUAUUGUGAAAAUGAUAUCAAUGAAUGUAAACUGGGUAUUGAUGCCUGUCAGGGCCAGUCAGAAUGUGUCAACAUUCCUGGAUGGUACUACUGCCGUUGCAAACAGGGAUAUGAUAGCUCUUGGCAUCAACACUCCAUGUAUGGCUUGCAAUGUGCAGAUUUGAAUGAAUGUUUGGGUGAGGGAGAUGGCCAUACUUGCCAUCCAAGCACUAAGUGCUAUAAUACUGAUGGCAGCUAUGAAUGUCGUUGUAAAUACAAGGAUGACUGCUCUCACGGUUGUAUAUUUGAAGGGUAUUACCAUGAAAACAAUUCCAGAUGGAUUUCUGAAAUUGAUGUGUGCUCAGAUUGUAGUUGCAAACGUGGCGUAGUUAAAUGUCACCAAAGGGAAUGUGACUGUAGUAAGAGGAAAAUUAACUACUCCUGCUGUCCACACUGUGCUGAAAAAAGAAGUUGUCCACAUCAAGAACACUCAUUAGAAAUGUCACAUGGGCAAAAAUGGGUGUAUGAGUGCCAGACGUGUGAAUGUUUAAGUGGAGAGGUUGAUUGCUGGCCAUUAGAAUGUCCAAAGCUGAUGUGUUCUGAUGUGGUCAAAAUGUCUGGAGACUGUUGUCCACGGUGCAUCGAUGAUGACCCGUGUCAUGAAAAUGAUCAAUACAGUGUAAUUAAUGCCGGCUUGAUUCCAAGCCUUUGUAGAUACCAUGGUCGUAAAUACCGUCAUAAUGAUCACUGGAACCUCCAUGGAGAUAAAUGUACCACUUGUAAAUGUAAGCGUGGACACAUAUGUUGUUCUUUCAACCAGACUUGUACAGCCCUUGAAAGAUCUCCGUGAUCGAAUAAUGUGAUUUAAGUUUGCAACGGCGACAGUUUGUUGCUUACAUUUUCCAGCAAAAUACAGCCAUUCCAUGCCGCCAUGUAUGACAAUGUAGAAUGCCAUCCUAGCUGUAUGGGCUUCUACUAAAUGUAACUAACUUAAAUGAGACUUGGGCGUCCUGUGCUGCCCAUGCAUUCCCUACUCUUCUGGCAGCAGGAUGGCUGCGGCUGCAGUAGUUGCUGCCGGAGGUGCAUUGGUUCCUUGUCAGCUUUUGGUGUAGCUCUCUUUGAAAUCUCUGCUCAUUGUACUAAGACGGACUUCUACAAGAAAUUAAAUGAUUAAAAAAAAAAGCAACAAGUUUGGCAUAUAACAGACACACAAACUGCAAGAAUUAAAUGAUUGGUUGAAGACAGUGAGAAAGGGUGUGUAUGAAUAUGUAUGUAUGUGUGCAUGUAUGAGAGAAAGAGAAAAAGCAAGAAGAUAAGAGAUUCUGGAGUUCAUUCAUGGAAAAUUGUGAACAUUGACUGUGUUGUUCUGGUCUCAGACUAGCUGCCCUUAAGCAAGUAUCUCUGUUGAUACCAAAAUGUAAAAAAAGACAACAUUGAUGUGAAAUUUCUGAGAGUCUGUGUGUGCAUAUGUAUUAUAGUAAGAUAUAUUAAUAGCUGCCUACUGAGCUGAAUCUGUCAGAAAACUUUACCAAAAUAUGCUCAGGGAAUCUAAUAGCAUUGCCGCUUUUCUCUUCUAUCUGAUCUGACUGGUCCUGUCUUCUCCAGGCUUUGUCUGCCAGUUCGGCUAUACACCCUUAUACACCAAGUGGAACUCCUUCCAAUUUAUUUUAUUUUUUAAUUUCAAAUUGAGGUGGGAAGUAUUUGUUAUUUUGGCCAAAAACAAAAACAAAGGAAAAGAAAAGAAAGGAAAAUGACACACACGAAAAAGAAAAAUUCUUACUGUUUAUUUCUAUUCUACCUCUAUUAUUUUUUUUUUACUGUCAUUUUUUUUUUUUGUCAAAGAAAUAAUUUUAAAUGCAGCAAAGAUGAAGGACAAGGUCAGACAGUUAAAGAUUUAGAGUAGAAAUUUAAUAGAUAAACCCAUAAAAUGGAUUCAGACGGCUAAAAAUGUUUCAGACCAAAGGAGAGAUCAGACAGACAGAGAAAUUAUAUUUCGAUUUUUGUUGUAAGAAGACUAGGUUAGACAGCUUCCAAAAUAAUUUAGAAACUUCUGCUUACUUCUACAUUAAAGACUUAUCAGACAAAUUGAGAAACAGCACAUAAUCUUCACAAAUGGUAAAACUGUCCAAAUAAUAUUCCAAUUUGUUUCUUUUUAGUUUCCAUACAUAUAAAUAUAUUUGUAGGAACUCCCAUAUCUUUCCUGUAUACUCUUCCAUUAGAUUCAUGGAUCUCUAUUUUUCAUAUACCCCAAGUCAAAUACUAUCUCUUUGUUCUCACUCACCUUCAAUGUUAUCAACUUUCAUUUCUCUCUUCCCACCAUCUUCCACAAAAACCACCGAAUUUGUGUUACCUUAUUCUAAGUUUAUCAAUUCCUAUCUCAUUUUUAUUAUCAUAUUCAUGUUCACCAAUUUCAAUCUUACUUCCAGCGCAAUAUCUUAAAAUAAUUGAAAAUUACCCUACAUUUCAUUUU